AUGAGAUUCGUCAUCCUCGCUGCUGCUGCUGCUGCCGCCGUCCUCCUCCUCCAAGCGCUGGUCGGGGGGUGGAGGCCGAUAAAGAACCUGAGCGACCCGUACGUGAGGGGGAUCGCUGAGUUCGCCAUCAAGGCGCACAAUGACGAGGCCAAUACGGGUCUGGUGCUGGUGAAGGUGAUGAAGGGCGAGACGCAGGUCGUGUCGGGGGCGAACUACAGGCUCGUCGUCGAGGUCAAGGAUGGGGCCGACACGAAGAGCUUCGAGGUCGUCGUUUGGGACAAGCCGUGGGAGCAUUCCAGGCGUCUCACUUCGUUUACGGCCGUUCCGGGCAAGGCGUGA